AUGGACGAAAACUUAGCCCGAUAUAACCCGAAUCAAGAGAGGAUGUUCCGUGAAUUGCAUCAACCUGAAUAUUGCAGAACAACAGUAAUCGGCCUUCGUCUUCCUGUGAGAUCAACAAAUGAAUCUCUUCAUCAUUCACUUUUACCUAAAACUAAAGACUCCGCAAUAAUACAGGAAAGGAUUCAGAGUGGGAAGGCAAAAAAGACGGAGGCGGGGGCAUGUGACGUAGAUGCGAGAAAGCUGCGUUCGGACACAAUACCUCGCAAAGGGAAAGAGGAGUUGUGA